AUGCGUAUUGAUAAAAGUUUGACUACAAAUUCACAAAUAGCAACCCGACGACUCUUUGGCAGUAGCAUUUGGGCGAGGGGUCGAUCAGUCGCGAGAGGGAUGUCCAACCUCUACAAAGUCGUCUUUGUCCUCGGACCACCCGGAUCGGGAAAAGGAACCCAAUGCGCUUUGAUUCAAAAGAACUUUGGUCUCGUUCAUCUUUCCGCCGGUGAUUUACUGCGAGAGGAACAAGAAUCCAAGUCGCAAUAUGGACAACUCAUCGCCGAGCACAUUCGCAAUGGAACGAUCGUCCCCGUCGCCAUCACGUGUGCUUUAUUGGAGAAUGCGAUGAAGGCAUCAGAUGUUUGUGUGAGUCGAUGCCUCAAUCGGAAACAAGGAAGAGCCGAUGACAACGAGGAAUCAUUAAGGAAACGUAUUCACACUUACAACACGCAAACAUAUCCAAUUAUCGAAUACUACGAGAAGCUUGGACUUGUGCGUGAGGUUGCUACAUGCCGCGAUACUGAUGAGGUCUACACCGACAUCGAGAAGAUCUUCAAGGAAGCUGGUUUC